AUGGCUCCGGUAACUGGUAGUAUUACCAAACUCGCUUUAAGCAAAAUUGGUAAUUUUGAAUGCUACAGUUGUAUUUCAGGAAUUAUUCAUACUAGUAAUCGAUCUGUAACAGCUACAGUUAAUAAUGCGCUGAAGAAAUCGCAGAAGACAGAAUUUGGUCGUUUGAAGGAUGAAGACCGGAUAUUCACUAAUCUUUAUGGGCAAUAUGAUUUCCAUUUGAAAUCAGCCAUGAAGCUUGGGGAUUGGUACAAAACGAAAGAAGUGUUAUUGAAAGGACAAGAUUGGAUCAUCAAGGAAAUGAAGGAAUCGGGGAUGAGAGGACGCGGUGGGGCUGGUUUUCCAACGGGUAUGAAAUGGAGCUUUAUGAAACGUCCUUUUGAUGACAGACCGAAGUACUUAUGUAUAAAUGCGGACGAAGGAGAACCGGGAACCUGUAAAGAUCGAGAGGCUGGACUCAUUGGUAAAAAUAGCUGUAAUUCAGGAUAUGAUUUUGAUGUCUUCGUGCAUCGUGGUGCAGGAGCAUACAUAUGUGGAGAAGAAACAGCUCUUAUCGAGUCAAUCGAAGGCAAGCAAGGUAAACCUCGUUUGAAACCACCUUUCCCAGCUGAUGUGGGUUUAUUUGGUUGUCCAACUACUGUGAAUAACAUUGAAACUAUCGCUUCUGCUCCUGCAAUUUGUAAACGUGGAGCUUCUUGGUAUUCUUCAUUUGGGCGCGAUCGAAAUCAUGGAACUAAGCUGUACUGUAUAUCGGGACAUGUCGUGAAUCCAUGUACUGUUGAAGAGGAAAUGUCAAUUCCGUUAAAAGAACUAAUCGAGCUUCAUUGUGGCGGGAUCAUUGGUGGAUGGGACAAUCUUUUAGCAAUUAUACCGGGUGGUUCAUCCGUCCCAUUAAUCCCUAAAAUUGUAUGCGAGACAGUUCUAAUGGAUUAUGAUGCUUUAAUCGAAGCACAAACUGGCUUGGGAACUGCUGCUGUAAUUGUCAUGAAUAAGCAAGUUGAUAUUGUCAAAUGCAUUGCUAGACUUUCGCAUUUUUAUCGACACGAGAGUUGUGGGCAGUGCACCCCCUGUCGAGAAGGAACUAAAUGGUUGAAUUCUGUAAUGUGGCGGUUAGUGAAAGGUCAGGCGCAGUCUGCUGAAAUUGAUAGUUUAUGGGAAAUAAGUAAACAAAUUGAAGCACAUACAAUUUGUGCUCUUGGUGAUGCAGCAGCAUGGCCUGUACAGGGUUUGAUCCGUCAUUUCCGUCCGGAGCUCGAACGGCGUAUAGCAGAGAAUAAUGCUAAAAAUAUUGUAGAGCAAAAACCACGUAUUGCCGGAAAUUUUGCAUAG